GUUAUUUCUGGCGUCUACAAGAUGAUGCUAAUGCUUUGCACUGCUGUCUUCUUGUCUUUUGUUCUGCAUUUCUUUUUUACGCUCCUCUAUCUCAGUGACUUUGUGCUUCUUUUCUGCUUCUCUUUUGCCAAUGUUUUUUUUUUUUUUUUAUAAAAAAAACUCUUUCAGAGCCUCCUGCCUUUGUCAAGAAAAUGGAGCCUAAGAUUACAUGGAAACAGGGCAUAGCUGCACGCUUACAGUGCUCCGUCAAAGGAUCGCCUGAGCUUCACAUUCACUGGUUCUGGAACGAGAGAGAACUUAGUGAUGGAGACAAAUAUAAAAUCUCUUUAAAGAACGGAGUUGCUGCCCUGGAGAUAAUGAACCUGGUGGUUACAGACAGUGGCAGUUACACCUGUGAGGUGUCAAAUAAUGCUGGUAGUGAGAGCUGCAACACACUUAUAUCUGUCAAAGAACCACCGUCCAUUAGAAAAGACCUGCAGACAGUUGAGGCUGUGAAAGGAACAGCUACUCAGCUUGAGUGUGAGAUCACAGGAACAGCUCCUUUUGAAAUCUUCUGGUUAAAAAAUAAGAGAGCCAUCGGCAGUGAUCAUAAAUAUAAAAUAAUCUCCCAAGAUUCAUUGUCGAGACUGGAGAUUCAGACCUUUGAGAGUGCAGAUGUUGGAGAUUAUCAGUGUGUCAUAUCCAAUGAUGUGGGGAAAGUCACCACCAAGGCCUCAGCUAAACUGAAAGAGCCACCAUCUUUCUCAAAGAGGGUUGAGAGUGUUACAGCAGUGUUGGGAAAUACAGUGAAACUACAGGGAACCGUUAAGGGUUCAGCUCCCAUCACGGUGAAAUGGAUGAAAGACUCAGAAAUACUGAGAGAUGAUGAUCCAAACUUAAAGAUGAUGUUUGAGAAUAAUGUGGCUUGCUUGUCAAUAACAACAGUGGCCAUCAGCCACGGCGGCAAGUAUUCAUGCCAAGCAGAGAACGAGGCUGGACAACAGAAAUGUGAAGCCACCUUGACUGUGCAAGAACCAGCUAGAAUCGUAGAACCUGCAGAGUCCAUUAGUGUGACUGUAGGGGAUUCAGCCACGCUGGAGUGUACAGUCUCUGGAAGUCCUGAACUCAAAGUGAAGUGGUUUAAAGAUGGAAAGGAGAUGAUCAGUGGUCGCAAAUAUAAGAUGACACUGAAGGAUAAUGUGGCCACCAUGAAGAUCCUCGCAGCAGAAAAAGGAGACUCGUCAGAGUACAAGAUGGAGGUGUCCAAUAAAGUGGGAAAGGACCUGUGCACAUUCUCAGUCACCGUCUUGGAUCGAAUAAUGCCUCCAACUUUCACCAAGUCGCUGAAAAGAGUCGACGGUAAUGUUGGCAGUGAUGUCUCUAUGGAAUGCAAGGUGUCUGGAUCACAACCCAUGAACAUAGGUUGGUUCAAAGAUGACCAGGAGGUUGUGCUUGGAGCCAAACUCAUUCCUGAAUUCAAAGACAGCUCUGCCACACUGAGAAUUAUUCAGCUGGAGAAGUCAGACUCAGGAGUUUACAAAUGCAGAGCCACCAAUUCAGCCGGCUUUAAAGAAACCAGCGGCACACUCUAUGUCAAAGAGCCUCCUGUGUUCACAGUGAAACCAGAUAACCAGGAUGUAAUACCAGGAACCACUGUUUCCUUCAGGACAACCUUCACUGGAACAGCUCCGUUGGUUGUGAAGUGGUUCAUAGAGGAGAAAGAGAUUUUAACUGGAGGCACUUAUUUCAUAAAGAAAGACACCACUUCCAGCUCUUUGGAGCUUCACUCUGUAAAACCUAGUGACUCCUCUAAAUACACAUGCCAAGUGUCCAAUGAUGCCGGGAAAGUGGAAUGCACCGCAGCCCUAUUUGUGAAAGAGCCUCCUGUUUUUGUGAGGAAGCUUGACGCCACCAAGCUCGUCACCAGCAACGAGUCCAUCCGGCUGGAGUGCAAGGCGACGGGUAGCCCCGUCAUUGGUUUUAAAUGGUUUAAGGACGAGAUGGAGAUUAGCUCCAGUCCAAAAUACACAAUGACAAUGGUUGAUUUAGUGGCGGCUCUGGAAAUAGUCGAUUGUACGGUCGAGGACAGUGGAGAUUAUGUCUGUGUGGCAUCAAGUGAGGCUGGAAGUGACCGAUGCAGCAGCACAGUCACAGUCAAAGAACCACCGGUGUUUGUUCGUAGCUUGGAGCCCAGAGAUGUGGUAAAGGGUUCUGAGAUGAUGCUGGAGUGCCAGGUCUCUGGUUCUGCUCCUUUCACAGUGUCAUUUUAUAAAAACACGAAAGUGAUCAGGAAUGACAAAAGACACAGGAUCACUGUGAAAGACGACCUGGUAGCCCUACAGGUGCUGGCAGUAGAGGCAGGAGACAUCGGCCUGUACCAGUGUACUGUUGAGAAUGAAGUGGGAAGGUCCUCCUGUGAAUGUCAAGUUACACUGAAAGAACCUCCAUCAUUUGUUCGAAAGCUGGAGAACCUGAGUUCACUGGUGGGCAGCGAGAUUUCUCUGCAGUGCGGUCUGAAGGGCUCUGAGCCCAUGACUGUGUCCUGGCUGAAAGACGACCACGAGCUCAGAGAGGCUGAAAACAUUCAGAUUACAUUUGAGAACAAGACCGCCAUCCUGCACUUCGCCAAAAUACAGAGCAAACACGGCGGCAAAUACUCCUGUCAGGCCCAGAACCAGGCUGGCAGCCAGACAUGCUCGGCUGUUCUGACAGUCAAAGGUUGGUUAAAAGAGACGAGAACAUAAGAAUGUUUAAAAAGCGUGGUCAUCUAAUUACCUCAACACAAACCUGAGUCAUUUAACGACAUUACAAGUUCAUAAGGACCAUCUGCAAUAAGUAGAAUCUUAUUGGCUUCACAUCAGGAUUGAGGGUUUUUGCUGACUGUUUGGUUUGAUGUCCCAGAACCAGCGAAGGUCACGGAGGAGGCCAAGUCCAUUAGUGUGACUCAAGGGGAUCCGGUCACGCUGGACGCCCGGUUCUCUGGCA